CACUGCGCAGGCGUUAGCAUCGCGUUAGGCUGUUCCGUUGCACAAUUGUUCGUAGAAUAUUGACCCCAAAUUUUCGCACAAGUUCAGCCAAUCAAGCCGCACGAUUGUUUAUCCAUUUAUUUUUGAGAUCAGUGGCUGAUAGGCACUCAUCACUCAUAGUGAUUUCCAUUUGUCGGUGUGAACUGAAUGUAUUUGUUUUUUUUUUCUAAAAUCAUGCAAAAUAAAACUAGUUGCGCUUUCAAUUUCAAUGUGGAAAAUAGGUAUUAGUUGAAACUGUAAAAAAAAAGAAUAGGGCUGUACCUAAUUCCGGAUUCCUCGGUUAUACCCACAUCAAUAUUUUACCCGAACACUAGUCGAAAAUACCCGGUUUUUGGGGAAUUACCCAGUCAACGGCAACACUGAGCUCCGAGCAUCACACCCAUACUCGAAAGCGGCUCUCGUAAUUUAUGAACGGUUUAGAGUUACUCUAGGGUCACUCUCACUCCCAGAGUGCUAUUUCUAAACGCAACGCAGGCACAGAUCACCUAAUACAGAUGCGAAAGUACGUAUACUUGUCGUCGACGAUAUUCUGUGACGAAGCCGGGCCGCCAGCGCCCCGAGGCAUAGAUUAAGAUCGCCCGCGACAGGACAAUUAACGUGGCCGAGUGCGUGAGCAUGUUCCAGCCUGUGUGUUUACAUAUUUUUGCGAGUAGAAAAAAAUAUUUUUUUUCUGUUUGUGAACCAAUUAAAGAAAUAAAAUUAUAUUAGUGAGCUUGCGCAUUUAUAUAAUAAAUAUGUUCAAAAUACAUUAUUGACGUGCCAUUGGUGCGGCCAGUCUAUGUCUAUCAAAUUAAUCUUGAACCACGAAUUCGCAGUAAGUAAUCUGUGACGCAGGUGAGUUCGGCUUGGCAACUCUUUUGACUCCUUUGACCUUUUUCACUGCAAAAUCGUUCGGGUCAUGCCACUGGGAGCAAAUAGUGCAAGCCUCCUCAUCGUUCGGGUUCAGCCAAGUAGAGUGAAAAGAGUUAACUCUACAAGCACCAUCUCCUGAUAAAAAAAAUGGCGUCGCUCCCCAGAAUAUCCGCAAAAACACAUGUUCCGGUUAAGCUGUGAAAAAAGUAUAAGUAUUUUUGUUUUUAUAUUACCUAUUACUUUGAAUUAGAUUCUUUUAUCUGGUAACAAUGAAAUGUGCUUGCUUGAAUAUCUUUGCGCAAACGCCUACGGUGUUCGCGGAAGGCGGCUCGCCUUGCUUCCUGAUGCGUUCGACUUAACUAUUUUACUCAUUUGACUCUGUAAUCACGUGACUAUGAAACUGCUCUCUAUCCGUUCCAACUCCGUUUUGCCAAGCCAAACUCACCUAAGAAGUCGCAGAUGCAAUCACCGAACCCAGCCCAGCAAACUACGACCGCUGGCGCAAACAGCUAACGACAAAAUGACGUCGGCGACGGUCCACCAACACCAUUAGUUGUAUUCCUUUCACACGAGGGAGGAGCUCCGGAACAGCUCCGGGGCAUCACGCGCUUAUUCCUUUCGAAAAGUGUUUGUUGCACCACGCAUCUGUUCCCUGCAAUUCGGGGGCGACUAAAUACCGGAGCGAGUAGCUAGUGUUUCAAGCUCUUGAAAGGAAUACAACUAUUGUUUGGGUUGACGAUCGGUGCACUCAGAGCGUGCACUUUUGUCUCUCUUCCGUUAUGUUUGAAGCUCCGACAACGCUUGAUUGUGUUUGGUUUGACAUAUUUUGAGCGCUCCGAGCGAGCUCGAUAAACUCCGAGUUUGUGGAGUGGGCAGCUGGAGCGUGCAUGCGCAGAUCAAAUGUGCUUACUUUUAAUUGAAUUUUCUCGGUAGUCAUCAUUACUGGCAUUAUUGGACAUAUUUUUCCAAGGGAACUUGGCAGCCUCAGAGUGUUUAGGUCCAUUUUAUUGUUUAUGUAGCACGAUAUUUUUAGCAGAACACAAUAGAAAAUGGGGCUGUUUGAAAAUUAUCGACUAAAACAAAAAAUAAACGAGAAAACUCUGGUGCGAAUGCGGAGUGCGGGCUCGGACUCCAAAAAAUAUAUCCUAAAAAAAUAAACAAUAAUCAGCUGAUCGCUCAACUCAGCACUUUUGCACGAGUUUAUUUGGCUUGACACGGUGUACCCCCUAUGACGUCACGUUACUCCGUAAUCGCUCUGCUCGCUCCGCCGAGCGUCAACCCAAACACGCCCCAAGACGCAAGUAAACAAAAAACCAUAACCUCAAUUUGUGACUGGUGACAUAAUUCUUAAUUUUUGGAAACAGUAGAAGCAAAGCAAGAAAAUAGAUCAUCAUCCUAUAUGGGAAUAUCCUGGAUCUUGACCUAUCCGGAUUUUUGGUAUUUUGUUUAUAAUUCACAUAAUCAUUCAAAAAUAUUUAAUUUGAAAUAUACGAUACGUAAUUAUUUUGUUCAGAAGUGAAAUCUCUAUUCCUAUGUGGGUGUAAACAAAACAUCUGUUGGAAAAUUUCGAAAAAACUCACUUAUAAAAACACCUUAUAAUGUCUACGAGUAAGGACGUAGCAUGCAUUCUUAAAGCUGUCCAGCUUAUUGCCGAAGCUCACAUCAAACUGCAAAAGGACACCCUAAAUCACAUAUGCAAGACAUCAAGUUUAAGCCCUUUGAUUGAACAAUGCUUAAAAGAUGGUGCAACCAUGCCUGAAAGGGUCACUGUGAAAGAAAUUGCUAACACUGUACAAGAUGGGGCGGAAAGGAUAAACACUGUGCUUCAAGGGCUCAAGGUUUAUGCUGACAUUUCUUUGGGGAAUGCAAGAUCUCAAGGGCUUCGCCUUGAACCAGCAAUAGUUAAACAAUCAGCUGCUAAACCUUUAGUCUUGGAAACUAUUAGACCUACUGAAAACAUUGCCAAUAAAUUCUCUUUGCCUAAGAAUCAAGAUACAUUUAUACCAAUAACAGAGUAUCAAAUAACAUUAUCUGAGAGCGAAAAAAAUUUACUCAAAAAACUAGAUAUGGAACACAGAGCUAAAUUAGUAAAACAGGAUGACAGAGAGAAGGUGAUGGCGGCUGACCAGCCAAAGCAAAAUCAAGAAAAAACUGUAGGUGAAACCCUGAAUGAAAGUCAGGCUAAAGUUACAGCUACACCCAAUCCAAAAGCUAAACUUAAGCUAAGUGAUGAUGCAAAACAAAGAAAAGUGCCUUCAAGUAGAAUAGGUAGAAUGGUAUCAUUUGGUUCACUGGCUGCAGGUUUGGGAGUAGGUACAGCCACCGAAUAUCUCAAGCAAACAUUUGGAUUUGGAGAUGUCAGUUCAGAUGGUAACAAUUUGUUCAUGAGCAAGUCUAAUUUGGAAAGAAUAGUUGAUACUCUGUGCAAAGUCAGAGGGGCUGCUUUGAAAUUAGGCCAAAUCCUUAGUAUUCAAGAUGAGUCAAUAAUUAGUCCAGAAUUGGCAACUGCAUUAGAGAGAGUUAGGAAAUCUGCUGAUUUUAUGCCUGAUUGGCAAGUGGAUCAGGUGAUGUCUUCAGAACUUGGACCAGGUUGGCGACAAAAAUUUGUGGAAUUCGAUCAAAAACCAUUUGCCGCAGCUUCCAUAGGCCAAGUACACUAUGGAAAACUGGCAGAUGGAAAAGAAGUUGCUAUUAAAAUCCAAUAUCCUGGUGUAGCUAAAGGAAUUGUGAGUGAUAUUGAUAAUUUGGGUGGUAUAAUGAAAAUGUGGAACGUUUUCCCAAAAGGCAUGUUUCUAGAUAACCUUAUGGUGGUAGCUAAAAGGGAAUUAGCUUGGGAGGUUGAUUAUUUAAGGGAAGCUGAAUGUACAAAAAAGUUUAGGACAAUUUUACAAGAUUAUCAAGGAUAUUAUGUACCACAUGUUGUUGAUGAUUUGACAACAAAACAAGUUUUCACCACCGAACUGCUAGAUGGUCUUCCAGUAGAUCAGUGUUUCAAUAUGGAGCUAGAACAUCGACAAAACAUUGGUGAUAAAAUUAUGAAUUUGUGCCUUUUAGAAAUACUUAGGUUUAAGUAUAUGCAAACUGAUCCAAAUUGGGCAAAUUUUUUGUAUAAUCCGGCUAAAAAACAGUUGUUGCUUUUGGAUUUUGGUGCGAGUCGAGAAUAUUCAAAAGAAUUUAUGGAUAAGUAUGUGCAAGUUCUCAAGGGGGCCUGCGAUGGAAAUAGGGAUAUUGUUUUGAAUGUAUCCAAGGAAUUGGGAUUUUUAACUGGAUAUGAAAGCAAGAUGGAAGAUGCCCACGUCGAUGCCGUAAUGAUCCUAGGCGAAAUUUUUCGCUCAGAUGAACCGUACGAUUUCGCCCAUCAAGAUAUGACUUAUAGAAUCCAGAACCUCGCUCAAGUCAUGCUGGUUCACAGACUGUGUCCUCCUCCAGAAGAAGUUUAUUCUCUCCACAGAAAAUUGUCUGGAGUAUUUUUGCUUUUAUCCAAACUGAAAGUGAAAGUUAGUUGCAGGGAUAAAUUUUUGAAGUUGUAUGACGAAUAUGUGAGAUUGAACCCACCUCAGGCUUAAUUUAAUUCUAAUUUGUUUACUAAUGAAUUUAUAGUAGCUUAGUAGUUUUGGAAGUGGCUACAUUUUUUUUAAAAUAUUAAAAUUACUUAUUAAGUUGUUAUUUUAAUAAAGGUUAUUUGGCUGGUUGA